ACCGCCAGCGCCCCGGCAUGAGGUCCUCCUCUACCAAAGACAAGAUGAAGCAAUCCAUGGAUCGCAGCACUGGCUGCAUGUUAUACUUUGUUCACAUCUGAAUCCCCUGACCACACGUUCUCGUUACAAGACGCAGGUUAUCGCCAACCCGCCGCACUCGAAUUCCCCCAACACUGUAUAUUUAGGACCAUUUCAUAUUUGCCACGACCGCCGAAUACACAGAUAUCCAGAACCACGGGCUGAAUCUCGUCCGGAGCGUCCCUGGCUCUCACCACCGUUGACUCCCAUUGCGAUUCGAGUCUCGCAUUCACUCCCUCCAAUUCACCCUGACCUCUUAAUUGCCAACACAUUACCACCGUGUUCACGACUUCUACCUCUAGUCACCUCUCCCUCACUGCAAUCUCAACCAACCCUUGCCGACGGUUGUUUGGGUUGAAAGAGUCUUCUGACAACACGCUCUAGCACACCUCUCCCGCAACUCUCCACUCCUAUCAGUCAUAAAAGGAAAAAAUUGGUCAUUAGCCAUGAUUUCUUGGUCGGUGUCACAUAUCCAAGAAGAACCAUCUACACGCCGAAGCCCACCGCCAGAGUCACGCAUUGUUUUGGUAAAGCCACACCAAGAUCGGUUUGAGACAGACGAGCAUUUGUACCUCGAGACCUCCCUCGCUGAGUUGGCUCAUGCUUAACUCUCGAAGGCGCAUCGAUCUCGUGCUUGUCGUGAUCAAGCCAUCUUGCCAAACAAGACAGUCUUCCGUGCUCUGACUCGCGGUGGGUUUGCCACCCGCUCUUUUGGUUCUUCUAAUUGGUUAUUCUGUUGUCAAUCUGGAUUUUCGUAAUCGAACCCUAUUGCCACCAACUCGGGACCGCGAUCUCAAUUCUUCGCCAUCGGAGGAAACGCUGGUCCUUUCAGUCUCCAGAAGAUGGGCUUUAAGGAGGUUGCAGCCUUCUCCAAUUCCCAUCCCCCCCAAAACGUACAAGAUUCAGUCGAAAGAUGGCUCUCUCCAGUGUCGAGGGCAGAGCCAGGCCGCUUCUACAACUUCCGACAGUCCCAGGAACGCUGGGCCUUCAAUAGCUACAACGUCAACCCGGACCUCGAUCAAACUAGCAUUGCUUCCAUUGACGAUGAUGUCAGUGUGAGCGAUUCAGCCCACGAGUCGUACUCUUCCGAAUCAUCAUCUCAGACGUCCUGGACGUCAACGACCGAUCCUGGUGACAUCUUCCUCGACGAGGACGGUAGAGAGCCACUUCCGUCUCUCAAGAAGGUGCUCUCUCACACAGCACUUGAGCCGCAAGAGCAGCUAUUGAAGGGAAUACAGACCAAAGAUCAUGCCGCCUCCGGCAGCACCUGUCCCCUUGGAUAUGCCUAUCGUAGCCUCAAGGCGCGGGUCUCUACUCAUCUUCAGCAACCCAGCCAAACAUGUCUGCGACUGCGCGGUGGCGAAGCCAGCUCUGACCCGGAUGCACAACACUGGAAUGCUCGGAGAACUGCUUGUUCUUUCAGGAGACAAUGCCCGCCUAAGUUGAAGAGGGACACCGACGUCACAGAGCAGUUUGUGUCUCUACUCAUCGUCUUUGCAAAGAGACUUAUCACCGCCAUUUGGCCCCUCUCUGACCGGCCACCGAUGAUGUCGGACUGUUUCAACGGGGCCGGUGUAUUGCGCCUCGAUACCUUCAUCAAAGAAACACUCCGACGCUCCAAAACAAGCUACUCUACUUUACAAGUCGCGUUGUACUAUCUGAUACUACUAAAGUCCAGGAUGCCACAAGGGCCGUCCAAGACCAGCUGUAGAGGCGAACCGUUCGAGAGAUCUCAGUGCCGAGCCAUGCAGUGUGGACGUCGCAUGUUUUUGUCCGCUCUCAUGCUGGCUUCGAAAUAUUUGCAAGACCGCAAUUAUUCGGCCCGGGCCUGGAGCAAGAUAUCUGGCCUACGCAGCAGUGAAAUCAACGAGAACGAAAGAGAAUAUCUCGCACAAAUCAACUACGACCUCCAUGUUCCGAAAGAGGCUUUCGACAAUUGGAGCAAGAUUGUUUUAAUCUUGAGCAAGUUGUCGAGCGAGGGAUCCCCGUGCCGGCCAGACGCUUUCAACGCGAAUUUUGGUCCCCCUGGGGGUCAUUCAAACACUUCUUUGGCUGCCAUGAUCUCGCAAGUGGGUUUGGACGAGAACGUUGACGAUCAUGUGUUCUCAGAAGCUUGGUGGACAGCCCUGCUUCGGAAACUCGAGCCGAGCAUCGUCAAAGACACAGCGCAUGUGGAUGAGUUCUUGAGAGCUAAUCUACCAAACGAUAAGAUGGACGUCGUUGCAUCGCUCGCGCACCUAAGCAAGCAAGUGACCAGGCGACCAGAUAACGCAGGCGUAGGACCGGAUGCUGUUACCCAUGGCUAUGAUUUGAAUUUCAGCGAAGCCUUGAAGACACGCGCCUCCGAGUCAACCAAGGCUCAACCUAUCUCGACUUCUCAGACUCCUGUCCAGAUGAGUCCAGCCAAAGGUCUCGCGUUGCCGAGUCGUCCUCACCUUGGAAACCUUCCGACCCCGCAGACCACGCCUCGCAUUCCAGAUCAGUAUACGUGGGAGCGAAACUGUGGCCGGCCUUCCCUUCGCUGCUCAGCGUCGGUUGAUGCGCUGCGAAGCAUGCGGAGGCAAUGCCUCAUGAAUGCGAAUUUGGAACGCUGCCCCCCUCCUCGACCUCAAAGCCUUGUCUUACCGUCUGUGAAGUGCCUUUUGCGUCCUGCUGAGACAAUUCAGGAACUUCCCAGUAGGUCAACGACCCCAGUGGCUUCAUCACCGGCCUCGAUCUCUUCGGACUCGACGACUGUGACAUCCCGAUCUCGGUCAUCCUCAAUUUCGUCCAGCUCCUCCUGGUCGUCCUGGGCACCAAGCAUACCACCACUGCGGAGAAGCGUGUGGAGCGGCGUCAGCUCUCCUCUGUCUCGAGUGUGUUCACUCUCAGAUAGACAGUCCAAGCCCGUGUCGGUGGAUUGUCAGAUGACUGGGGCCCCCUCCCACCAAGGCUACUCUGAGGAAUCCCAAAGUCAACAGUCAAAUAACAUACCUACCAGUUCCGAAGUCGCUGCUAUCCAUGGAUUAAUGUCGUUGUCAGCGCUCACAGAAUCGCCCAGUCAGAGUGUCACUCCAACACCUCGACGGUUCGCUGGGAAAGUUGACAGUGCGGUGCAUCAGAGCCAUAAUCACCCCCGAGGGCAAAAGAGGACACUCUCCAAGAUCGAUUCCGAGCUCCAUGCUCAAGUGAGGAGUAUUCUGUCGCAGAGUCAGACACAGAUGGAAGUCGUCGAAGAUUCUCUACCACUUUACUCCUGCAUCACACCCACGCAAUUGCAGCAUCCUACCAAGCUUCUGACGGAGUCCCGGAGAGCAGUUUCCAAUGCCACUGGCACGAAACGUCAUUGCUCCAUGCAACACUCUUCUUCGACACCCGAUCUGUCACUGCGCUUCCUCACUGAAGGCAUUACAGCAUCUUGAAGUCUUGUGAUGAGGACUGCAGGCUUGUGCAAUCGCUUUGUGACAAACCUGUGUCCUGUAUGAUGGUCACCUUGGUCGUUCGUGGCUGCGGAGUCAUCUCGGUGGCACCUCGUUACUAUGGCUGCCUUUGCUGUCUUUAUCGUAUGUACGAUCGGAGACACAACGCCGCGCCAGAUGUGACUAUGCUUCCGAUGGAUGGUGCCAGGCGAUACCCAGCGUCCAGCGCCUAUGCAAUGCAGCUCACAACAGCUUCCGAACCAUUUACAAGACCCUGACACACACCAGCACCUGGCAUCCUAGCUCAUAGUAGGUCUGUCAACGGCAACUCUUACCAUCAUCCACGCCAUGUCAAAUGUACAAGGCCGAAAUCAGCCAAAGCAAAGGCACCAGAAAAACCUGUUCUAUCUCUAAAAAGGAGAGAACAACAACAUUACCCCCAAUCUUGGUAUCAAAAUCUACCGCCAGGACAAAUCAUGGAUCCAAGCGGUUGGAGGAAUUCUCGAAGAAUCAUGUCAGCGCUACCAUCGUCCAUUGUAUAGCUCAUGGAAUUGAACUUUUUUUUGUCUUUGA